AGCAUGUUGUUUUGAUUUGAGAAGCGCCUUCCAGUCAACACGUGCAUUACAGUUUCUUGUGGAAAUUCUGUUAAUUUUGUUUAAAUAGUGAUAAAAAACUUGUUAAAAUCAUGAAAAUCAAAGCGUCAAAGAAGGUAAAACCUGUGGACGCCAAGUUGCACCAGUUAAAGAAAUCCAAAACCGACAUCGCCAAGCCGAAGGAGAAGAAAACCGCUGGAUUGGUGGCGGCUGCCGUCACCCCACACACGUUCGCCGAGAAGAAAGUGCUGGCGGUCAAAAAGAAAAACAAAAAGGGCAAAGUGGUGGAAGUUGGCAAAACUAAACCGCAGCCGCAGGUCGUUACGGCUUUGCAGGUUGUCCCACAGAAGAAACAGCCACAGUUGAAGUCGGAGAAGUUGGGAAAACAGCAAAAAGUUGCCAAGAAUGUGGACAUUUCCAGCAAAAGCAAGGCCGAUAAACCCGCAAAAUCCGAAGAACAAAAGGAAAAUGAAGUCACGGAAGCAUUGGUCAGCAGAAAAACCAUCAAAGCUGCGUUGAAAGCUUGCAAGAAGGCGUUAGACGAAGGUUUCGAACAGAAGAAGAAUCUUUUCGGAGAAGAUUUAAAAUACGGACUGCAGAUCGCAUCGGUGAAGAUUCCAAAUGUGCCAACCAGAAACUGCAGGGUGCAACUUCCCAACGCUAUUUACAAGAAAGGCGAUGAUAUCUGCUUGAUCGUGAAGGAUUUGGAACGGGGUCGAAAGCAAGACCACGAUGAAACCUUAAACUUCUGGUCGGACAAACUCCGCGAGCUGGGAAUUGAUUUCAUCACACAGGUCAUUCCGUUCCGACAGCUCAAACAGGACUACCGGGAGUACGAAAUGAAGUUGAAGCUCGUGCAUCGGUUUGAUCGAUUCCUAGUGGAUGCCAGGAUAAACGGACAUGUAUUUAGUUUCCUCGGUAACAACUUUAUUCGGCGGUGCAAGAACCCUACGCCGGUGAUUUUGGAGAAGGAUGAGAAAAUCGUCAAAAGUCUCAAUAAGGCACUUGGUCGAGUCACUUACAAACAGACCAACGCCGGAAGGAUAACGGAAAUCCAGUUUGCCACGCACAAAAUGCCUUUAGAUAAGGCAGUUGAGAACGCUGAAGCCCUUCUAGAGGCCAUGAAAUUGCAAUACCCAGGAGGGUGGCAAAACAUCCGGACCGUCUAUCUGAAACCGAUGACUGACAUCCAGCUUACGUUCCCACUGUACGUCAGCAAAGAGGACCCCAAUUUGGUUCCGGUUCCUAAGGUUACCGGACCACGGGAGCGCUUCGAGAAGGAAAUGAACGAAAAACUGCUCGAAGCUACCAGGAACAAGUACAAGUUCCAGGAGGGUAAUUUGGUUCGGGUGGCGUUCGAAAAGCGAAAUCAGAAGAAGGAGAAGCGAGCGAAGAAACAGCCAGAGGAGGAGCAGAAAAAUAAACAACCAGUCGAGGAAGAACAGGAAGCAGAGAGCGGCGAGGAGGAGAUGGAGCUGGAUCAGGCUAGCGAUACCGAGCAGAGUGAUCUUGGCGAUAGCGAUGAUGAUAAUUGAGAGCUACCUGAUGGUUUUAGGUAAGUGUAACACCGCAGAUGACUUGUCUCCGCUUUUACGUUUCUGUGUAUAUGGAGAAAUAUGAACCUUAUUUUUUCGAAAAUAUAGCCAUAAGAGAAACA